AAAGGGAAAAAGAGUAAUCUCCGCUAAAAAAACCGUUUGAUGGGCCCCGCAGUUGUCGUUGGUUCAUUUCCUGGCAUUUCCUGCUCAGCUUUGAUCCUUUGCUACCCAAAAGCUCCCAAGAAAAAAAAAAUCCCAUUUUCCCACGAACCCUAAUCCCAAAUCUUCGAUCCACUCAUUUCCGCUCGAAACUCACUCCAGCUAGCCAGAGAAUUAUAUAAUUUUCGCGGUUUCGGAUGAAAACGAUUGAAUUUCCCGUCUGAUAAUGAUCCAUUUGAAGGGGGGGGUUAUUGUUGAUUUUCGUUGAUGUUGGCCGAAUUUCGAUGUUUCUACGGUGAAAAAAAUCAUGAUGUCUGGAUGAUCUGAUCGAAAGAGAGGAUCCAGAGGCCUAGUGGUGUGUGGCAAUGUCAAAUUUAUAUGGAGGGGAUUUUAAUCAGAAGAUUGAUUAUGUGUUCAAGGUUGUGUUAAUUGGGGAUUCCGCAGUCGGGAAAUCGCAGUUGUUGUCUAGGUUUGCGAGGAAUGAAUUCAGCUUGGAGUCGAAGGCCACAAUUGGGGUUGAAUUCCAGACCAAGACACUUCUCAUUGAUCAAAAAACUGUCAAGGCACAGAUUUGGGAUACUGCAGGUCAAGAAAGGUAUCGAGCAGUGACAAGUGCGUAUUACAGAGGUGCGGUUGGUGCGAUGCUGGUUUACGACAUAACAAAACGUCAGUCCUUUGACCACAUGGCCAGAUGGCUGGAGGAGCUAAGAGGGCACGCUGACAAGAACAUCGUGAUAAUGCUGAUCGGGAACAAGUCUGAUUUAGGGACUCUUCGAGCAGUUCCCACAGAGGACGCUCAGGAGUUUGCUGAGAGGGAGAAUCUAUACUUCAUGGAGACGUCAGCACUCCAAGCAACGAAUGUGGAGGGUGCGUUCAUGACCAUCCUCACGGAGAUAUACCGGAUUGUGAGCAAGAAGACUCUGGCUGCAAAUGGUGAAUAUUCGAAGUCUUCGUCUUUGAAGGGCACUGCUAUCAUUGUUACUGGUCAAGGAGAUGCCAAUUCUAAGUCUGGUUGUUGCACAUGACUAAGUUUUUUUUUUCUUGAUCUUUUUUUGCUCAAGGGCUUCUUUGAUCCUUACCAUUUCUCUUAAUAUCCAUUGAUGUACACACCUUUUUUUUUAGAUUAGUCUACUUUUUUUUUUGUGGUUCAGUGUCACAGAACUGGUGUUGCAUAACUGAGCAAAAUUUGAUGUAGUUUUCAAGAUUGUAAGCAGCAAAGUGAUAGUUUCUGCUUUGCUUUUGCAUUUUUAAUGUACAUGUAGAAUUUUGGCAUUUCCCAGCUAAGAAGCUUACUGUCUUCA